AUGGGCAAAGCCCACAAACUGUACAGUAACAUUCACAUAAGAAACACCGUGUACACUGAAAUUGGCAUUGGGGUCAUGGCCAACGCCCUUCUUCUUCUAGUCCACGUCUCCUUGCACAUUACCAGGCACAGACCUAAGCCCACUGACCUGCCCAUUGGUCUCUUGGCACUAAUUCACCUAUCAAUGCUGCUCAUCAAGGGUUUCAUAGAUUCAGAUAUUUAUACACCUCAGGGGGAAAGGUGGGGUCAUGUGAAAUGUAAAUUGCUUAUCUACCUGUACAGGUUGAUGAGGGGCUUCUCCAUCUGCACCACCUGCCUUCUGAGUGUCCUCCAAGCCAUCACCCUCAGCCUCAGGGGCUCCUGCUUGGCAAAGUUCAAACAUAAAUCCUCACGUCACAACCUGUGUUUCCUUCUCUUCCUGUGGGUCAUCUAUUCAUCCUUCAGUAGCCACCUCUUCAUCUCCAUUGCUGCUACCCCCAAUUGGACCUCAGACACCUUUAUGUAUGUCACAGAAUCCUGCUCUCUUUGGCCCAUGACCUUGCUCCUCCAACACACCUUUGCCACCCUGCUGACCUUCAGGGAAGGCUCCCUUAUAGGAAUCAUGGCCAUUUCAAAUGGAUACAUGGUGGCUCUCUUGUGCAGGCAUAAGAGGCAGUCCCAUAAUCUUCAUAGCACCAGCCUGUCCCCAAUAUCAUCCCCAGAACUGAGGGCCACGUGGACAAUCCUGCUGCUCUUGAGUUGCUUUGUGGUCAUGUCCAUCUUGGACAGCAUUAUCUCCUACGCAAGACUCACGGUGAAGGAUGAUCCAAUAUUUUACUGUAUCCAGAUCCUCGUGGCCCAUAGCUAUGCCUCAUUCAGCCCUUUGGUGUUCAUUGCUACUGAAAAACUGCUCUUCAUAGUUUCCCAGCUAGAACUGUGA